UUGUGGAUUUGUGAAUACAACAAUAUACCCUACCAAUUCUUCUUCAGCGCCGAGUCUUCCUUCAACAUCUUCAGGUUUAUUCGUUUGAGGACUUUUCAUUCCUUAUUAGCUACUAAGAAAGAUGGCAACUCAAAUGAGCAAAAAACGAAAGUUUGUAGCAGAUGGUGUGUUCUUUGCUGAGCUGAAUGAGGUCCUUACAAGGGAACUUGCAGAGGAUGGUUACUCAGGUGUAGAAGUUAGGGUUACACCAAUGCGCACAGAGAUCAUCAUCAGGGCCACCCGUACCCAAAAUGUUCUUGGUGAGAAAGGAAGGAGAAUAAGGGAGCUGACAUCUCUUGUUCAGAAAAGAUUCAAGUUUCCUGAAAACAGUGUUGAGCUUUAUGCAGAAAGAGUCAACAACAGAGGUCUCUGUGCCAUUGCUCAGGCUGAAUCUUUGCGUUACAAGCUUCUUGGAGGCCUUGCUGUUCGCAGGGCUUGCUAUGGUGUUCUAAGAUUUGUAAUGGAGAAUGGAGCAAAAGGGUGUGAAGUGAUUGUCAGUGGAAAGCUAAGGGCUCAACGUGCCAAAUCCAUGAAGUUCAAGGACGGGUACAUGGUUUCAUCCGGUCAACCGGUCAAGGAGUAUAUCGACUCUGCUGUCAGACACGUGCUUCUUAGACAGGGUGUUCUUGGGAUUAAGGUAAAGAUCAUGCUUGACUGGGAUCCUACAGGGAAGCUUGGGCCAAAAACUCCAUUACCUGAUAAUGUUAUAAUUCAUAUGCCAAAAGAUGAUGUAAUUGUUCAUCCACCAAAAGAGGUUGAGGAAUACAGGCCACCACUUGUCGUUGCUGAUGAGCCAUUGCCCAUGCCCAUCCCUGUACCUGUCUAAAACAUGAUUAGAAUUCUUAGACUUCCAAAGUUAUGGAUGAUAAAGUUUUGAUUUGGUGUCUUUUGAUGAGUUUUUCCUUGUUUCAUUGGUGUAAGUUUACUUAUUUUUACAGCUAGUGCUAUCAAUUUUUGUUAUUUUGUUAUAAUAUAAUGUUAAAAACCUUAAAAUCUGA